GACUUCUGCUUACCUUUGCAGGAGGGUCCAGCACUUAGUAAUCAGCAGGAAUUUCCAGGAGGGAAAAAAUUUGACAGGAGGAGUCUGGAAGUCAGUGCCUGUUUAACUUGGUCUGAUUGUGAAAAAAAAAUUCUUUCCCUCACACAAUACACUACAGCCCUGCUGCUGCUUCUGCUGCUGCUGCUGCUGACUGCCUGACACAGUAACUACAAGGGGGAUUUUGCUUUCUGCUGAGGGGUGGAAGGCUGGAAAACAUCUGGAAGCUGUGAAGAAGCCAAGAGUGCCAAGAAUAUUCCCUUCAAAGAAACAAGAAAAGAAGAAAAAAAAACUUACAUUUCACUUUUCUGCUAGGUGUAUGGGACAUAGAUAAUUGAAAUUCUGCACUGAAUUGUUAAAGGUAAACUAUGACCACUUUGCUAUUAGUGUUCGUUUGCUUGCGGGUCAUCGCUGCAGCGAUAUCCGUAGAAGUUACAGACCAUCACAACACACUGAGCGUGAUUAUACCUUUAGAUCUUCCACUGAACGUCCAACUUGGACAUUCCCUUACCAUCCCUUGUUUCUUCAUCAACGCUUUGGAUGGUGUGACUGUGGCUCCCUCAACAGCCCCCUUAACACCAAGGAUCAAGUGGAGCAAACAUGUCAAAGGAAAGGAAACCGUUCUGCUGGUAGCCACAGAUGGACAUGUCCGUGUAAAUGAAGCCUACAAUGGACGAGUCUCUAUGCCCACCUACCCACUUGCCCCUACUGAUGUCAGCCUGGAAAUUUCCAACAUACUGUCCAAUGAUUCAGGAACCUACCGCUGUGAAGUGAUGCAUGGAAUAGAAGACAGCCAAGCUACAGUAGAGGUUAAUGUGAAAGGGGUUGUUUUCCACUACAGAGCAAUCUCUACCAGAUAUACUUUGGACUUUGAAAAAGCCAAGAAAGCAUGCAUACAGAACAGCGCCACCAUUGCCACCCCUGAGCAGCUCCAGGCAGCAUAUGAUGAUGGUUACCACCAAUGUGAUGCUGGGUGGCUUUCUGACCAGACGGUUCGUUAUCCAAUCCAUAAUCCACGUGAAGCCUGUUAUGGAGACAAGGACAUGUUCCCAGGAGUGAGAACAUACGGAGUUCGUGAGACUGAUGAAACCUAUGAUGUGUAUUGCUAUGUUGAGGAUAUGCAGGGUGAAGUGUUUUAUGCAACAUCUCCUGAAAAGUUCACUUUUGAUGAAGCAGAAAAGCAAUGUAAGAGCCUUGGUGCCAGGUUGGCCACUACUGGAGAGCUCUAUGUGGCAUGGAAAAGUGGAAUGGAUGUGUGCAGUGCGGGUUGGUUGGGAGACCGCAGUGUUAGGUACCCUAUAUCAAUAGCUCGGCCUAACUGUGGUGGAAACUUAGUAGGAGUAAGAACAGUUUAUCUUCAUCCCAACCAGACUGGAUAUCCUAAUCCUCUAUCUCGCUAUGAUGCUAUCUGCUACAAAGCUGGACCAGAUGAGGAUAUCACUAUUCAGACCAUUACACAACCAAGUUUAGAGAUCAUCAUCCCCCGUAAUGAUACAGAAGAAGAGGCUCGUGGCAGUAUUGCUUCCCUUGAACCAACUAAUUUUACUCUCACACCUACUGAUCUUGAGGAAUUUUUCACAGCAACCCCAGAGCUUGUGCUAACAGAAGGGCCAUUUGAAAAUGUCACAGAGGAAGUAUUUCCUCUAGAAAAUAUUACAGCAUUAGCCCAAACAGAAGCCCCUGGUACAGUAAAUGUGACAUUCUCCGAGGGUCCAGAGUUUAAUGCAACAACAUCUUUAGAAGAGGAAAUAGUUCCUGUAACAGCUGCUCCUGCUGAAGUUGAGCCAGAAAAACACAUUGCUAAGACUGGAGUUGUCUUUCAUUACCGUGCUGCUUCCAGUCGAUAUUCUCUCAACUUCACCGAGGCCAAGAAGGCAUGUCUGGUCAAUAAUGCUAUCAUUGCAACCCCUGCGCAGCUCCAGGCUGCCUAUGAAGCUGGAUUUGAUCAAUGUGAUGCUGGAUGGAUAUCAGACCAAACUGUCAGAUACCCUAUCGUCACUCCAAGAGAAAACUGUCAUGGAGAUAAGAAUGGAUUUCCUGGGGUGAGAAAUUAUGGAGUGGUCAACCCAGCUGCACGUUUUGAUGUGUACUGCUUCAUUGAUAAACUUCAUGGAGAGGUGUUUUUCGCCACUCAACCAGACCAAUUUACUUUCCAAGAAGCAAACGAAUUUUGUGAUGAACAAAAUGCCACAUUGGCUUCCACUGGACAGCUCUACGUGGCCUGGAAGUUGGGGUUGGACAAGUGUAGAGCAGGCUGGUUGUCAGAUGGAAGUGUCCGCUACCCCAUUGUGACACCUCGCAAAGCCUGUGGAGGGGACAUACCUGGAGUGCGUACAGUCUACCUUCAUGCUAAUCAAACAGGAUUCCCUGAUCCUUUAUCAAAAUACCAUGCCUUUUGUUUCCGAGAAGAAAUUCCAGAAAUUCCAUCAAUUAAGGAGGAAGUUAUUGUGACUCAGGUUGUCUCAGAAUUAGAGACGUUACCUUCUGGAGAAGGACCAACUGCAGAAAUUGAGACGACCACCGAUUUUGAAAAUCAGACAGAUUUCUGGAUGGCAAAUGUCACCGAAAGUCCUACUAUUGAGCCAUCAGUAACAGUCAGUCCUUCAGUUGUUCCUAUUGUGAGCCCAGCUCCAGAAGAUAUAAGUGGAGAAACAUCAGGUAUAGGCAGCGCAAUAAGUGGAGAACCAUCUGGAGUGCCAUCUGGAGAAGUUAGUGGAGAUGUAUCUGGUGCAGAUCUAAGUGGACAACCUUCAGGAACUGAAGAAAGUGGAUUUCCAUCUGGUACAGACAUUUCGGGAGUGAGUGGACUGCCAUCUGGUGAUGUAUCUGGUGAUGUAUCAGGUGACAUAUCUGGUGAUGUAUCAGGUGACAUAUCUGGUGAGGAACCAUCAGGUGAACCUGAUAUUAGUGGACUGCAUUCUGGAUUUCCUUCAGGAGCUGAAGACAUAUCAGGGCAAGUUUCUGGAUUUCCAGAUAUAAGUGGAUUGUCUUCUGUACCAAUAGAAACCAGUGGUCUGUCUUCUGGAGAACUAUCUGGAGAUGAGAUAAUUAGUGGCUCAGCUUCUGGAAUUGAGAUAAUUAGUGGCUUUUCUUCUGGUAUAGAAGAUGUUAGCGGCAUUGCCUCUGGCUUCCCAACAAUCACACAUGUGGAUACCACAUGGGUAGAAUCUGUAACAAAACCAACAGAAACUGAGCUAGAAGGAAAGGGAGAAAUAGAAUUUAGUGCAUCAUCAGGAAUAGAAUUAAGUGGAGAUCUUUCUGGCUUAGAGUCCAGUGGAGAUCUUUCUGGAUUUGACCUUAGUGGGGUUACUUCUUCAGUAAUAGAAAGCAGUGGAGAUAUCUCUGGUUUUAUUAGUGGUGAUAUUAGUGGAGAGCCAUCAGGCAUGAUUGACUUGAGUGGUGAAGUGUCAGGAGUAACUGAUAUUAGUGGAGAAUUGUCAGGAUUGAAGGAUUUUAGUGGUGAGGCAUCAGGAGUAUUGGAUUUUAGUGGUGAGCUAUCUGGUCUAAGUGGAGAAUCAUCAGGAAUCAUUUCUGUGAGUAGUGGAUAUUCUGGAGAUAUAGGUAUUAGUGGGGAGGCUUCUGGAAUAAGAGAGAUUAGUGGUGAGCUUUCUGGAGUCCCUGACAUCAGUGGCCUGGGCUCUGGUAUCUUAGAGAUACCAUCAGGUGUUAUUCUUAUUGAUCAAAGUUUGAAGGAACUCUCUCAGCCUCCAAAAAAAGAAGAGGAAGGAAAAGGGUCUGUUGGAAUAAGUGGCUUUUAUUCAGGAGAUGUUGACAGUUCUGGAGACAUAUCUGGUAUCUUGGAUGUCAGCGGUGAACCUUCAGGUUUAAUAGACAUAAGUGGUUUUAUGUCAGGGGGUAUUCCCAGUGGUGAUAUAGAUAUUAGUGGUUUAUCAGACAUAAGUGGUGCAGUAUCUGGAUCUGAAUAUGUGAGUGGCUUACAAUCUGGAUUUGAUGAUGUAAGUGGAGUCCCUACUGUUUCUCAUAUAGAUUUCACAUUAAAAGAGCCUCCAACUCAAGGGCCUGAUACUCAAGAAGCAGGAGGUAGUCCAUCAGUAAUACUUGAGUUCAGUGGAAUAGCUUCUGGAGAAACAUUGCCAUCAGGAACUCAUGAAGGCAGUCUAGAAAGUUCAGGCAUUUAUACAUCAGGAUCAGUCACACUUAUUACGGAUGAUUCUGUUGAAGCCAUCACAAAACCUGCAGUUUCACAAGAGUUAGGUGGUGUUACUUUUGCAUACACAAUAGAAACAUCAGCAUCUGGUGAUAUUGGCACUGAGACAUCUGCAACUCAUGAAACCAGUGGAAAGCAAGAAACAACUCUAGAAGGAAGCACUGAACCUAGCUCUGGACACAUUACAUUUCUGGCACCGGAAUCAUCAGGGGAAAUAUCUGAAACAUCAGAAUCUGAAACAACACAUGCUCCUGAGGAAGCACAGCAAGAAACAGAGUUAGUUACGUCAGUUGCAUCCGGUGAAGUAACAGAUGAACCCACAAUUGAAACAGCCAGUCCUUCAAGUCCAAUCACAAUUGAGUCUGAAGGGGUAAUCGGAUCAUGUGCUGAUCAACCCUGUGGAGCUGGAACAUGUACAGAAAAGGAAGGAAGAAUAUAUUGUGCCUGUCCUGCAGGUUUUGGUGGAGACCUUUGUAAUAUAGACAUUGAUGAGUGCCACUCAAGCCCCUGUGUGAAUGGAGCUACCUGCGUUGAUGGCAUCGACUCAUUCAAAUGCUUAUGCCUUCCCAGCUACGGAGGGGACCUAUGUCAGAUCGAUCUCGAGGUGUGUGAAGAUGGAUGGACCAAAUUCCAGGGUCACUGCUAUAAACACUUUUCAGAGAGAGAAACCUGGGUGGAUGCAGAGAAUGUCUGUCGGUACCACCAGUCCCAUCUAGCGAGCAUUCUCUCACCUGAAGAGCAAGAAUUUGUGAAUAGUAACGCUCAGGACUAUCAGUGGAUUGGGCUGAAUGAUAAAACAAUUGAAAAUGAUUUCCGCUGGUCAGAUGCAAACCCCUUGCAAUAUGAAAACUGGAGGCCAAACCAACCAGAUAACUUCUUUACCACGGGAGAAGAUUGUGUUGUGAUGAUCUGGCAUGAAAGAGGAGAAUGGAAUGAUGUUCCAUGUAACUAUCAUCUGCCAUUUACAUGCAAAAAGGGAACAGUGGCUUGCAGUGAUCCUCCAGCAGUGCAAAAUGCCUAUACGCUAGGAAAAAAGAAAGUGCGUUAUGAAAUCAGCUCCUUAGUGCGGUAUCAAUGUAACCAAGGUUACCUACAACGCCAUGUUCCUAUAAUCCGGUGUCUACCUACUGGGCACUGGGACGAGCCCAGGAUACUGUGCAUAGAUCUUUCCACUUACAGACGACACAAGAGAAGCCCCAGAAGUCGGUCGAGAGCAAUUGCCACAUCUGAACAGGGAAAGGCCCAUUAAAAUGGAAAUAGACAAAACAAAAAUAUUGUAAAGAACAUUUAUAUUAGCUAUGUCAAUUUGAAUUUGUUUGUCAUGUAAGGAGUUUAUAUUCAAGAAAAUCCCAAGCUGUAUAUAAAAAAAAAACAUCAAAGCAAAUUAGGUUUCAACAAUUUUACUAAUGGCCUGAGAAGGGCCUUUGUGAGCGCCCAUGUCGUGCCAUUAUUCAGAGGGUUUAGUGGCUUUGAGUGGAAAUAGAAGGGCAACAUUGUGCCAUAAAGACUAUUUUCCCUUUGUCUUGAUUAACUAUAAUGUGAGUAUAAUGUGAUAUUUUUAUUAUUUAAACUCCAGGCUGGCCGAAUAAUAAUAAUAAUAAUAAAAAAAAAAAAAAAGUAUAACUAUAUUAAAUGUUAAAAACACAUUGCACGCCAAGAACCUUGAAUAAAUAAUUGUGAACUGUUGCUGAAUGUAUCUCCGGUGUGAGAGGACAAAGGGGUGGGUGGAAGUAGGUAUUAGAAGAAAGCAUUGUCCACAAGUACUUUUAUAUCAAAAUAUAUGUUUUAAAAGAAAACUGAUUUUGAAGCAGCUGUCACAAUAUGUUCUCACACUUGCUACCAUCAUAAUCCCCCUUUUCUUUCAUUAUAUGUACACAAUUGUGUCUUUUCUCUUUGCGCAGUAGUAUACGGAUUACAGGAGGCAGUUAUUAGAUAGGCAAAACAUUAACACAGUAGCUGUGACAGGAAUAUGUAAAAUGCUUCAUAGAGGAGCAACAAUGGCUUAUUUCUGCUUUUAACAGGCUCCUCCUUUAUGUUGUAUUUGGCACAUCCGGCAUACAGGAAGCAUUUGUAUGCACACACAUAGGCCUACACAUAGCUCUUUUGUCAUUGGUGGAAAGCCUUUAUGGACAUUACGAAAAGCCAUAAAUGGAAAUUAUAGUACAAGUACGAUCUUGUACUAUAAUUUCCCACCUCUUACUUUUCCCUAAUGGCAAAAUCACCUGGGGCACAUUAUCACAGUGGGCUGUGAAUAAGAAGA